UGUUUCUUUGAGUCCGACCCCUUUUAUUUUCAGCAUUGGCCCGGCUGCUGUAGCUAAUUAGUUAGCUAUCUUUGAGACGUUUUAAGUUUGGUAAACUGAAUUUUAGUUGUGUUGAAUAAUCAUAAGGAAACGCGAUAUAAUUGGUUUAAAUACAAUUUAAAAACCGAUUAACUUAGGCGGUAAGAUGUCAAGGAGAAGGCACAGCGACGAGAAUGAUGGUGGACAGCCUCAUAAAAGGAGGAGGACGUCUGAGCCAAUUGAAAUCGAGGAUCGGCUUGAAUCAUUGAUUUGCAGAGUUGGAGAAAAGAGUACCUCUUCUUUGGAGAGUAAUUUGGAAGGUCUUGCAGGUGUCUUGGAAGCAGAUCUCCCUAAUUAUAAAAAUAAAAUCUUGCGCAUCUUGUGUGCUGUUGCACGACUGUUGCCAGAAAAGUUAACAGUGUACACUACACUGGUGGGCCUUUUAAAUGCACGGAACUACAACUUUGGCGGGGAAUUUGUUGAGGCUAUGAUCAGGCAGCUCAAGGAGACACUGAAGUCAAACCUCUACUCUGAAGCAGUUUACCUGGUGCGUUUCCUUAGUGACUUGGUAAACUGCCACGUCAUUGCUGCUCCAUCCAUGGUUGCUAUGUUUGAAAACUUUGUCAGUGUCACACAGGAGGAGGAAAUACCACAGGUGCGCUCUGACUGGUAUGUGUAUGCUGUGCUGUCCUGUUUGCCCUGGGUUGGGAAAGAGCUCUAUGAAAAGAAGGAUGUGGAAAUGGAUCGACUUCUCAAUCAGAUUGAUGGCUAUCUGAAGAGGCGGCAGAAGGUCCAUGUGCCCAUGCUCCAGGUGUGGACAGCAGAGAAGCCCCACCCUCAGGAAGAGUUCCUGGACUGUCUGUGGGCUCAGGUGCAGAAGUUGAAGAAGGAUCGCUGGCAGGAGCGUCACAUCCUGAGGCCGUACAUUGCCUUCGACAGUGUGCUGUGUGAGGCCUUGCAGCACAACCUGCCCCCAUUCACCCCACCAGCCCACUCUGACGAGGCACUCUACCCCAUGCCUCGCGUCGUCUUCCGAAUGUUUGACUACACUGAUGCCCCUGAGGGUCCCGUAAUGCCUGGCAGCCACUCUGUGGAGAGGUUUGUGAUUGAAGAGAACCUACACUGCAUCAUCAAGUCUCACUGGAGAGAGAGGAAGACCUGUGCUGCUCAGUUGCUGAGCUAUCCUGGCAAAAACAAGAUUCCUUUGAACUAUCACAUUGUUGAGGUGAUCUUUGGGGAGCUGUUCCAGCUGCCUUCUCCUCCGCACAUUGAUGUGAUGUACACGGCGUUACUGAUCGAGCUCUGUAAGCUGCAGCCUGGGUCCCUGCCUCAAGUCCUUGCCCAGGCCACAGAAAUGCUGUACAUGAGACUGGAGACCAUGAACACAACAUGCAUAGACCGAUUUAUCAGCUGGUUCUCUCAUCAUCUGAGCAACUUUCAAUUCAGAUGGAGCUGGGAUGACUGGGCUGACUGUUUAACAGUGGACCUUGAAAAACCCAAGCCCAAAUUUGUGAGAGAGGUGUUAGAAAAAUGCAUGAGGCUGUCCUAUCACCAGCGGAUAGUGGAUAUUGUGCCUCCUAGUUUCUCUGCUUUAAUCCCAGCCGAACCACAGUACCACUACAAAUAUGGAGAUGAGAGUAACAGUUCUUUGCCUGGCUAUGCUGUGGCCAUAGCAGUGGGGAAUGCCAUCAAGAACCGUGCCUCGAAUGAGGAGAUUCUAACCACCUUGAAAGAGCUGCCCAAUCCCAACCAGGAGGAGGAUGAUGAUGAGGGCGAUGGAUUCAAUCCACUGAAAAUAGACGUGUUCCUGCAGACACUGCUUCACCUGGCUGCCAAGUCCUUCAGCCAUUCCUUCAGUGCCCUUGCCAAAUUCCAUGAAGUGCUAAAGACGCUAACUGAGAGCGAUGAGGGGAAGCUGCACAUUCUCAGGGUGGUUUAUGAAGCCUGGAGGAACCACCCACAGAUGAUCUCAGUGCUGGUGGAUAAGAUGAUUCGCACACAGAUAGUUGACUGCGCUGCUGUGGCCAACUGGAUCUUCUCUCCUGACAUGGCUCAUGAUUUCACCAGGUUUUACGUGUGGGAGAUUCUUCACUCCACCAUCCGGAAGAUGAACAAGCACGUGCAGAAGAUCCAGAAGGAGCUGGAAGAGGCCAAGGAUAAGCUGGAGAAGCAGCAGCACAAGAAGCAAAAGGACAGUGGUGAUGAAGAGGACAUGGAGAAGAACAGUGAAGAUGAGGAUGGUCAGCUUGAGGAGCAGAUUGAGCGGCUGCAGGAGAAGGUGGAGUCAGCGCAGAGUGAACAGAAGAACCUCUUCCUCGUCAUCUUCCAGCGUUUCAUCAUGAUAUUGACUGAGCACUUGGUACGCUGUGAGACGGGGAGCGUAGACAUCAACACUUGCUGGUACAAGAACUGCAUUGAGCGACUGCAGCAGAUCUUCCUCAUGCAUCAUGUGACCAUCCAGCAGUACAUGGGAACCUUGGAGAACCUGCUCUUCACAGCCGAGCUGGACCACCACAUCCUGGCUGUGUACCAGCAAUUCUGCGCCCUUCAGCUAUGAGGAUGCAGCGGAGGCUCUACAGCUAAGCGCCGAGCUAAGACCCCCCCCCCCCCCCCCCAGUUCGAAUGUUUAGCUUUGGCUUGUAUGUUGUAUGGCAUUCAAAGUAUUGGUUAUGUCCACCAAAUGAGAUGAGCUUUGGAAAUGGUUUUGUUUUGGCCUCCAGUAGUGCUACUGGAGGGCUAUUGAUACUCGUGUAGAUUCCCCCCCCCCCCCCCC